UCGAGGCGACGGCGUCGUUUGCAUUUAGCGAGCGGCAAAGUGAUUUUUUGGUUCCCAUGCGAAUAUUGGUCAGAAUUAAUCCUCGAGUAAUAUGAAGAAAGCCAAGCCUCUGCUCCACGACCAUCUGAUAACGAUUCGAGUGAAGAAGUACCUCGAGGAGCACAUCGGUGAAACCUACCUGGAUGUAAAGCAGAUGACCAGGGAGUUGAUGCAAAAGUACCCGGAGUACUCGCGACGAAAAUUUGGACCCUUCAGGCAGUUGGUACAUCAAGCAUUUUCCAUCAUCUCCGAUAGCUACAACUUGGACAAGCUAAGCAGCUCCGAAACCGAUUGCAUCAGCGAGGAAUUCGAGGCGCCACCCACCAACAGUGUGAUGAACAACAUGAUGAACAGCCUGUACAGCCAGCCAAGGAAGCCGCUGGCUGCCAAGCCCAUCAGCGAACCCAUCGAUAUAUCCAGUGGGGACGACAACGACGAUGACUCCAAUACCAACACCACCAACGGAGAUGGGCACCCAGCUCCUGCUCCACCGGCAGUUCAGCCGAAUGCCCUGAAACGCCUAAUGGAAGAUCUGCCGGAGACAACGGCGGCUCCCAAGAAAACAGCUAAACUGAAUACUAUUCCAGGCUCGGGUCCCGAGUCAGCACACAAAUUUCAACCAGGUGUCGGUCAUAGGGGUAAAAAUCAUCACUCCGAGGAUCGCAAGGAUCAUCGCAAUUUGUAUCAGCAGCUGCAUCCAAACCAAAACCAAAACCGUGAUCGCCAGCGGAAGUUCAAAAAGGAGCUGGAAGUGCACCAUCCCACGGAGAGUUUCCGUGACAUCGGCGGCAUGGAUUCCACCCUGAAGGAGCUGUGCGAGAUGCUCAUCCAUAUCAAGUCGCCGGAGUUCUAUUUUCACUUGGGACUGCUGCCCUCAAGGGGUCUUUUGCUGCACGGCCCGCCAGGAUGUGGCAAAACCUUCCUAGCCCGUGCCAUAAGUGGGCAACUUAAAAUGCCACUGCUGGAAGUGCCGGCCACCGAGCUGAUUGGUGGCAUCUCCGGCGAGUCCGAGGAGCGCAUUCGCGAGGUCUUCGAGCAGGCCAUGAGCUACUCGCCUUGCGUGCUCUUCAUCGACGAAAUCGACGCCAUCGGUGGCAACCGCCAGUGGGCCUCGAAGGAUAUGGAGCGUCGCAUUGUGUCGCAGCUGAUCAGCAGCUUAGAUAAACUAAAGAUCAACGAAUUUAUUUUUUAGUUUCUUAAAUAAUAUAAUUUACUAA